AUGACGACUACGGUGAGACCCUCAACAGACACGCCCUUGGAUAAGCGCAAGGUUAGUAGUCAGACCGGGCUAUCCAACAGAGAUGGCAUGGACCCAGACGAUGGACGCUUGGAUAUUGAUUUGUCCAAAACAAGUCUUGAGGGAUUAUUCGCUCGCUUCAAGCCUUCUUCCACAUCACAGUCUCGACAAGACCCUACUGAACAAGCAACCACAGCACGCACAGGGCAAGAGGAAGAAGAACCAUGCCCAGUCCAUCUCAACAUUGUCAUCCAGGUUGUAGGGUCUCGUGGAGACAUCCAACCGUUUAUUGUGAUAGGCAAAGCCUUGAAACAGUACGGUCACCGCGUCCGACUGGCCACACAUUUGACGUUCAGGAACCCAGUCAAGGAGAACGGAUUGGAGUUCUUUGAUAUUGGGGGACAUCCAGCAGAAUUGAUGACAUUCAUGGUGGAAAACACGGGACUCCUGCCUCAAUUCAAGACAAUCCGGAGUGGGGCUGUUCAACGACGCCGACGUGACAUGGGUGAAAUCAUCCAGGGCUGCUGGCGUUCAUGCUUCGAGACGGGUGAUGGGACGCACCUGCACCAGAUUCCGGACAUUCUGGUGAAUGGGGUGGUCGGUGGUCGGCAACGACCUUUUGUAGCGGACGCGAUCAUUGCAAAUCCGCCGAGCUUCGCUCACAUUCACUGCGCGGAGAAGCUUGGCAUCCCGCUCACAAUAAUGUUCACAAUGCCAUGGUCCCCUACUCAAGCUUUCCCUCAUCCGCUGGCCUCCAUCAAACAACAUGAUACAAAACCCACGGUUGCCAAUGCUGCAUCCUAUGCCAUCGUGGACAUGAUCCACUGGCAGGGUCUCGGCGACAUCAUCAACAGAUUUCGCAGGAAAAGCCUCAACUUGGACACCCUGGACGCCGCGCAAGCUCAAGGCGUGGUUCAAAGGUUGCAUAUACCGCAUGCUUAUCUCUGGUCUCCUGCAUUACUCAGUAAGCCAAAGGAUUGGCCCGACAAUAUCGACGUCUGCGGAUUUACUUUUCUCUCCUCGGCAAGUGACUACAAGCCUCCAGAAGACCUUCUUGCCUUUCUAAAGGCUGGUCCGCCCCCAGUCUAUGUAGGAUUCGGCUCUAUUGUCGUGGAUAACCCGCAGGCAUUAAGCAAGAUCAUACGCGGCGCUGUUCAAAAAGCUGGCCAGCGUGCGAUAAUUUCUAAAGGCUGGGGUGGUUUGGGGACAGAUGGGUUGGACAGUCAAAAGGGGACUUUCCUUCUGGGUAAUUGCCCUCAUGACUGGUUAUUCCAGCACGUCUCCUGCGUGGUGCACCAUGGCGGUGCGGGGACCACUGCAACUGGACUCAAAUUUGGGCGUCCAACAGUAAUUGUUCCAUUCUUUGGUGAUCAGCCUUUCUGGGGGGACAUCAUCGCUCGAGACGGCGUUGGUCCGUCUCCAAUCCCUUACAAAGACCUUACGGUGGAAAAAUUGGCGGACGCCAUCUUAGAAGCGCUGAAGCCAGCUUCAAAACAGAAAGCCCACGAAAUCAGUGAGAUAAUUCAACGCGAAUCAGGUGUCGAAAACGCCGUGAGCAGUUUUCACAGACAUUUACCCUAUGAACGGAUGAGGUGCGCUCUAUGUCCGUCUCGUCCGGCUGUGUGGUGUUUAGAGGAAUCAAAACUCGCCUUGAGCGCCUUUGCGACGACUGUGUUGGUCGAAGCUGAAUUGCUUGAUCCAAAUACUCUCAAGCUGUACCGUUCUGAAGAAUACGAUACAAGCAGAGACCCACAGAAUCCGCUCAGCGCGGGGUCACAGGUAGUGUUUGGCAGCCUGACCAAGCUAAUGAUAGACAUGCGAGAUACAUCAUCGAAGUGGUCUCUAGGAGAGGGCACCGUCGUCGUUCUCAUGGAAAGCGCCAUAGCGUGUCAAAGGACUGGUCACAAAAGAGACCAGUCGUUUUCCACUGAGGGAAAAAAAGCAAAACGAGCUGGGACUUUGCCUGUGUCCAAGAAUGACUGGAAUCAAGCGAGACGAGGGUCAUCCAGCGGGCGACCCCAAAGGAAAGGCAGGAAAGGGUCUAUCUCGACCUUCGAAAACUGCCUGCCAACAACAGCGGCGCAUGCGAGUCGCUUGGCGCAAGGAAUUUUAGACAUGAUCGUCAUACCGCCCAUGGAGAUCAGCCUUACCAUAUCCAAAGGCUUUCGUAACGCGCCCUUGUUCUUUCACGACGAUACGGUGAGGGAUAGCCCGACUGUGACUGGGAUACGCAGCGGCUUAGGAGCUGCAGGAACUGAAUUCACAUCCGGAAUUUUUGACGGUGUCAGCGGGCUGAUCACGCAGCCUCGCCGCGGUCUGAAGAAGGCCGGAGGAAAAGGCCUAAUUCAAGGAAUCCAAAUAGGAUUCGUAGGCUUUAUGUCUAAACCAUUGGCAGGACUAUUUGGUAUAGCAGCAUACCCUUUGACUGGCCUUCACAGGCACCUUCGGGAUUCUCUAUCUGAUAAAGGGCAGGGCUACAUCAAGCGCUCGCGAAUUGCCCAAGGACUUGAGGAGUUUCAAGCUUCAUCCUUUGACGAACGGGCGGAUGUCAUUGGGCGUUGGAGUGCUUUGGGCCUGGCAGGUGCGAAGCGUAAGAAGUGA